AUUUAAAAAAAAAAAAAAUCUUUAUAUUGUUUUGCACUUAUUAUAAAACGCCAUUUUGCAUCUCUCAUUUCUAUUCUAGCAGAAGAAAGGAGAAUGAAGAUGAAGGUGAUGGUGGCAAUAGAUGAGAGUGAUGGAAGCUUGUAUGCUCUUAAGUGGGCCCUUGAUAACCUCUUCAACAUUAUGGCUACUGAUACUAUGAAUGGAACAACAUCUGAAAAUGAGGAGGGGAUAGUGUUUCUUGUUCAUGUUGAGCCAAAUUUUCACACUUAUGCAUACCCUAUACCUAUGGGACCAGCUGGUGUUGCUUUUUAUCCAUCAAUACCUGAAGUUGGGGAUUCUUUGAAGAAAGCCCAGCAAGAAAAAUCUGCAGCUAUUGCCUCACAGGCUUUGCAAAUGUGCAAGGAUAAGCAGGUUAAAGCAGAAAGUGUGAUUCUUAAUGGAGAUGCAAGAGAAAUGAUUUGUGAGGCUACAGAGAAAAUGCAAGUUGAUCUCUUAAUCAUGGGUAGUCGUGGCCUUGGCAAACUCAAAAGAGCAUUUCUUGGAAGUGUAAGUGACUAUUGUGCACAUCAUGCAAAAGCACCUAUUCUCAUUGUGAAGCCACCAGAGGACCACCAUAAAAAGCAUUGAUCAUAGUUUUAUUAUGUUUAAGCAUAUCUUCUGGGAUGGCUAAGUCUGAAAUAAUCUUGGAUUUGUUAAGUUUGAUUAUAGUUUUAUUAUUUCUAAUUGAAUAAUCUUGGGUUUGUUGUAUCGUUUAAGCUCCUUUUAUUUAAGAAGGCUAAGGGUGUGUUUGGCCAACUAUUUUUUAUCCUUAAAAGCUCUUGUAAAGUUAAAGUAAAAAUAAGAGCUUUAUAAAAGAAGUUAAGAGUUGUUUAGUAA